UCGCUGAAAGUUCUAGCGGCUCACGAUUCGACAAGUGGAUGUGUAGGCCACGUGAUCAUCCGACGUGGAGCCCGUGCCUGCCCGCAAAUUGAUACGCCUCCUUUUUAUUGCUUUAGGGUACUUUCCACUCCACAACCAAAAAACCGCAACUCAACUUCUUUUGGACUGUUGCUCCAAGAAAAAAAAGCAGGUGCGAGGAGAAUUUGAUUUUUCUUUUUCGAAUUUAAUAUUUUCGGGUGGGGGAGGAAAGGAUUUCAUUUGCGGGAAAUCUAUUAGGAAUGAAUGUCGAUGGGGAAGGAGGUCAAGAAGGUGUGAAAAUGGAGGAGAAAUUGGUGUUUAUGUGGGGGUAUUUGCCGGGGGCCUUGCCGCAGAGGACCCCUAUUUUGUCUCCGGUGGUGGUGCGGCUGCCUCAAGGAGGAACUUCCUGGAAGGAUGUUUGUGGUGGUGGAUGUGGUUUUGCUAUGGCUAUUUCAGACUCUGGGAAGCUCAUUACAUGGGGAUCCACGGAUGACUUAGGUCAAAGCUAUGUGACAUCCGGGAAACAUGGGGAAAUGCCAGAGCCUUUUCCACUCCCCACUGAGGCCGUAAUAGUGAAAGCUGCUGCUGGUUGGGCGCACUGUGCUGCUGUAACAGCGGAUGGUGAAGUUUACACAUGGGGAUGGAAAGAAUGUGUUCCUUCAGGAAAGGUAUUUGGGGACCCUUCCACAGGGGCAAGCACAGAGAAGGAUGCCCUUGAGAAGCAAAGCUUACUGUUGACUGAGCAAGUGAGCCCUCGUUCGCAUGGAUCAAGAUCCAGUGGUGGGUCAUUAUCUGGUGGUGAUAGUAGAGGGAGUGAUGAAACUACUAAGCGGAGACGGGUGUCACCAGGUAAAUUGGCAGCAGAAAGCUCAUCAUCUGUUGAUGAAACACUCUCAGCAUUCCCUUGUCUGGUAACACUUAACCCAGGGGUAAGGAUUGCCUCGGUUGCUGCUGGCGGCCGGCACACAUUAGCAUUGUCAGUUACAGAUGUAGGACAGGUGUGGGGUUGGGGCUAUGGAGGUGAAGGACAGCUGGGUCUUGGGUCACGGAUCAGAAUGGUGUCUUCUCCUCAUCCUGUACCCUGCAUCGACUCCUCCUUCAACAAGGAUCGCUCUAUGGGCCUUUCACGUGGAAGCAUGGGUUCAGAAGGUCAGAGCUUUAGAGUUCCUGGAAAUUACAUCAAAGCUAUUGCAUGUGGUGGUCGACAUAGUGCAGCAAUUACAGAUGCUGGGGCACUACUGACCUUUGGCUGGGGAUUGUAUGGACAGUGUGGUCAAGGAAGUACAGACGAUGAGCUAAGUCCAACUUGUGUAUCUUCCUUACUUGGCAUCAGGAUAGAAGGUGUAGCAGCAGGACUUUGGCAUACUAUCUGCAUUUCUGCUGAUGGCGAUGUUUAUGCUUUUGGGGGAAAUCAGUUUGGUCAACUAGGAACUGGUGCCGAUCACGCUGAGACUUUGCCUCGGCUUCUUGAUGCUCCAAGUCUGGAAAAUGUACAUGCAAAAGUUGUAUCAUGUGGAGCUCGUCACACUGCAGUUGUCACAGAGGAUGGAAAUACAUUUUGCUGGGGAUGGAACAAGUAUGGUCAGCUGGGGUUGGGUGACGUGAUUGAUAGGAACAUCCCUUCUCAAGUUCCAAUAGAUGGAUGCGUAGCAAGAAAUGUGGCAUGUGGCUGGUGGCACACUCUUCUGCUGGCAGAGUCACCCACUUGAAAGUACAUGCACUCUGAUCGCUUGGGCACAAUUUUGUUAGGUUAGAGGUGACUGUGCUAUCAACAUUAACAUAUGUCUGUUAUAUGUAUAUGUAACUACAGUAGCACGUGUGCAUAUACAUAUAUGUUCAUGUAGUCAUUCUUUAGUGGUGGAGGCUAUUGCAACUGGUUAUCUGUAAACAAGUUGGGGUUGCUAAAUUCAUCUGGCGUGGCGGCAAUUGUAGUACUGCAACGUGUAUUGUAUAUACCUAUUGAUGAUUGUUGAGCUCUCUGAUAUAAUAAUGUUCUGUGGUGUUGAAGAUUCA